GUACCGGAAAACCUGGACUUGUUCAAGCUAGCGGAUCACUGGUCUGAGCUGAUGUUGUUAUCUUACCUGUCAUCAUUCAGACAUAGCUGAAACUAAAGUUUUUGUCACUCUUUAUCCUCUUCUUUAAUCAGGCUCUAAUGUUAUGGAUGAACCAUGAAGGCCCAGUUGCAAGUUACUGUGCUUUCAGCUAAGCUGAAGGAAAACAAAAAGACCUGGUUUGGUCCAAGUCCAUAUGUUGAAAUAGCAGUGGAUGGCCAGUCAAAGAGGACUGAGAAAUGCAACAACACACACAGCCCUAAAUGGAAGCAGGCUCUCACAGUAAUUGUGACGCCGUUCAGCAAACUGAUAUUUCGUGUUUGGAGCCAUCAGACACUCAAGUCAGACAUUCUAUUGGGUCUAGCUACAUUGGAAAUCAGCAAGACCCUUAAGGCCAAUGACAUGAAAUUAUGUGAGGUCGUGCAGACACUGCAGCUGUGCUCUGACAGAGACCCCCAGGAUCUUGUAGGUGACUUGUCAGUCUGUCUGGAUGGCAUGCAGGUAGACCCAGAAACCUUUGGCUUGGCAGAGAGAGAACAAGCUGCUCUUCCAAAUGGAAAUACGCGGCAAAAUGGAGAUACUGGUGACAGGUCAAGCGGAGGCUCAUCACCUUCAAGUGACUCGGAUGAAUGGGUCAUUGUACCAAAUGUGCAUGCUGUCAAUGGUACAAGUUCUCCCUCACGGUCUCCAGGGGGCUCCACUGCAUCACUUCCUUCUGGACCUACUCGACCGCCCCCUCCUAUGCGACAGAAACCAGCAGCUUCACCAUCCUCUUCUAGCAGUUCUUCUCCUAGUGAACUCAGCGAAGGCCCAGCUUCCGAUGGUUCCUCUCAGGCAUCAGCUAGUGGGUGUUCAGAUCAGCAGAAUGAAUCAAAUGCAAGGGCGGCAACAUCAAGUUCCUCACAGACAGCAAGUGUUCCUAAACAAGGGGCCAGUGCCUCAGCAACAAUUCCCAGGGUGGCUCCCAUAAACAAUGGUCCCUUGCCCCCAGGGUGGGAGCAAAGAGUUGACCAGAAUGGACGGGUAUACUAUGUGGAUCACAUUGAGAAAAGAACAACCUGGGAUAGGCCUGAGCCUUUGCCUUCAGGAUGGGAGCGCAGAGUGGAUCCAAUGGGUAGAGUUUAUUAUGUUGACCACAUAACCCGAACUACUACAUGGCAAAGACCCACACAGGAGUCAGUGCGUAACUACGAGGAAUGGCAGCACCAGCGUAGCCAGCUUCAGGGAGCCAUGCAGCAAUUUAACCAGAGAUUCAUAUAUGGGCUGCAAGACCAGUUUGCAGCCACAGCCAGUAAAGAGUUUGACCCACUAGGACCUCUGCCUCAAGGAUGGGAAAAGAGAACUGACACCAAUGGUAGAGUGUAUUUUGUCCAUCACCCAACUCGCAGGACACAGUGGGAAGACCCAAGGACCCAAGGGCUGCUGAAUGACAAGCCUCUGCCUGAGGGUUGGGAGAUGAGGUUCACUGUGGAUGGUAUUCCCUACUUUGUAGAUCACAAUAGGCGAACAACAACCUACAUUGACCCUCGCACAGGGAAAUCCUCACUUGAGAAUGGGCCACAGAUAACUUAUGUCAGGGACUUCAAAGCCAAAGUGCAAUACUUCAGAUUCUGGUGUCAGCAACUGUCGAUGCCUCAGCACAUUAAAAUUACAGUUUCACGCAAAACUUUGUUUGAGGAUUCAUUUCAACAGAUCAUGAGUUUCCACCCACAAGAUCUUAGGCGUAGACUUUGGAUAAUUUUCCCUGGUGAGGAAGGCUUGGACUAUGGAGGUGUGGCCAGGGAAUGGUUCUUCUUGCUGUCUCAUGAGGUGCUGAAUCCAAUGUACUGUUUGUUUGAGUAUGCUGGCAAGGACAACUAUUGUCUUCAGAUCAACCCUGCCUCUUACAUCAACCCGGAUCACCUUAAGUACUUCAAGUUCAUUGGGCGAUUUAUUGCCAUGGCCUUGUUCCAUGGCAAAUUUAUCGACACAGGUUUCUCGCUGCCCUUUUACAAACGUAUUCUGAACAAACCUCUGGGUCUGAAAGACCUGGAGUCCAUAGAUCCAGAAUUCUAUAAUUCACUCAUCUGGAUCAAGGACAAUAAUAUAGAGGAGUGCGGUCUGGAAAUGUUCUUCUCCGUUGACAAGGAGAUACUUGGGGAGGUCACCACACAUGAGCUUAAACCAGAUGGAGGGAACAUUCUAGUAACUGAAGAAAAUAAAGAGGAAUACAUCAGGUUAGUGGCAGAGUGGAGGCUAUCCAGAGGUGUGGAGGAGCAGACACAGGCUUUCUUUGAGGGCUUCAAUGAAGUUCUUCCACAGCAAUACCUUCAGUACUUUGAUGCUAGAGAAUUAGAGGUGAUGCUGUGCGGUAUGCAGGAGAUAGACUUGGUGGACUGGCAGAGAAACACAAUCUAUAGACAUUAUGCCCGAACUAGCAAGCAGAUAAUGUGGUUCUGGCAGUUUGUGAAGGAGAUGGACAACGAAAAAAGGAUGAGACUUCUGCAGUUUGUCACAGGAACCUGUCGUCUUCCCGUGGGCGGCUUCGCUGAUCUAAUGGGAAGCAAUGGUCCACAGAAGUUUUGCAUUGAGAAAGUUGGAAAAGAAAACUGGCUUCCACGAAGCCACACAUGCUUUAAUCGUCUGGACCUCCCUCCUUAUAAGAGCUACGAACAGCUGAAGGAGAAACUCAUGUUUGCCAUAGAGGAAACAGAAGGAUUCGGGCAGGAGUAAAACUAUAAGUGCAAACGUAUAGGAUGGUGGUGAUGGCGGUGGACUUGGAGGAGCCAUAUCCAUUUCAGACAAGAGCACUUUCCAGCAGAUUGUCUUUGUAGUCAGAAGCUGCUUAUGAUCUGGUGGAAGAACUUAUUAUUACUUACUUAUAGUUUGUCACAAUUGCAUAUUCUUAAA